UACGCAGCACAGUGUCCGUCAGUCGCGACUUUCCUUCUGUCAGCACAGCUAAUCCACGCUACAAGACAGUCUGCAAAGAUGGCACCAGCGAGUCGUAGAGUGUUUGUGGUGGGAGUGGGCAUGACUAAGUUUGAGAAACCUGGUGCCCGAGAGGAUUUUGACUACCCUGAUAUGGCUAAAGAAGCAGGUCAGAAAGCUUUAGCCGAUGCUGGGAUUCCCUAUUCUGCAGUGGAGCAGGCCUGUGUGGGCUACGUGUAUGGGGACUCGACCUGUGGACAGCGGGCAGUCUAUCACAGCCUGGGGCUGACAGGAAUUCCCAUCAUCAACGUCAACAACAACUGCUCCACCGGCUCCACCGCGCUCUUCUUGGCACGCCAGCUGGUGCAGGGAGGACUGGCUGACUGUACCCUCGCUCUGGGCUUUGAGAAAAUGGAGAGAGGCUCUCUCACCUCCAAGUACAUGGACCGGACGAACCCCAUGGACAAGCACAUGGAGGUCAUGAUCAAUCGCUAUGGGAUGGCUGCUGCUCCCGCCGCACCCCAGAUGUUCGGGAACGCCGGCAGGGAGCACAUGGAGAAAUACGGCACCAAACCUGAGCACUUUGCAAAGAUAGCCUGGAAGAACCACAAGCAUUCCACCAACAACCCGUACUCCCAGUUUCAGGACCAGUACAGCCUGGAUCAGGUGCUGAAGUCCCGAAAGGUCUAUGAAUUCCUGACUCUCCUCCAGUGCUGCCCCACGUCGGACGGUGCUGGAGCUGCUGUCCUGGCCAGCGAGGACUUCGUGAGGAGGCACGGCCUGGAAGGGAAGGCUGUGGAGAUCCUAGCCCAGGAGAUGGUGACCGAUCUCUCCAGCUCCUUCGAGGAAAACAGCUGCAUGAAAAUGGUGGGCUUCGAUAUGACCCAGCUGGCUGCCCAGCGGUGCUUUGAGAAGGCCGGUCUGCACCCCACGGAUGUCAACGUGAUCGAGCUUCAUGACUGCUUCUCUGCCAACGAGCUGAUCACAUAUGAGGCUCUUGGGCUGUGUGCUGAAGGGAAAGCUGGGGAGCUGAUAGACCGUGGAGACAACACAUACGGGGGGAAGUGGGUUGUGAACCCCAGCGGAGGACUCAUCUCAAAGGGACACCCCCUGGGAGCCACAGGCCUUGCUCAGUGCGCUGAGCUUUGCUGGCAGCUCCGAGGGGACGCUGGGAAAAGGCAGGUUCCUGGUGCAGAGGUUGCUCUGCAGCAUAACAUAGGCCUUGGAGGAGCCGUGGUUGUCACUCUCUACAGAAUGGGGUUCCCUCAAGUUGCAAGGUCCCGUAUCCAGGCUGUCCACACCAAUGCUGCAGCCGGUCAAGGUGGAUUUAAAGCACACAUGGUUUUUAAAGAGAUUGAGAAGAAGCUGCAAGAGGAUGGCAAUCAGUUUGUGAAGAAGAUCGGAGGAGUGUUCGCCUUCAAAGUGAAAGACGGCCCUGGAGGCAAGGAGGGGACGUGGAUUGUGGAUGUGAAAAAUGGCAAGGGCUCUGUGAGCACAGAUGCAGCUACGAAAGCAGACUGCACCAUUGCAAUGUCGGAUGAUGAUUUACUGGCUUUGAUGACUGGCAAAAUGAACCCCCAGACUGCUUUCUUUCAGGGGAAGCUGAAGAUCACUGGCAACAUGGGCAUGGCCAUGAAGCUUCAGAGUUUACAGCUGCAGCCGGGCAAAGCUAAGCUGUGAUGGGAGUCAGGCAGCCUUCACUACCCUGCUGCCUGUCCCCUGUCUGCAGCGCUGCAGUUCAAUGUGUGGGUCCUCGUUGAGUGUGAGCGAGUGUCUGUAACGUGAGUGAGGCGUGUGGGUGCAGAGGGGUUAGGGUUUGUUGGGUUGGAGGAGAUGAAGACUCACACAUUUCUCUGUCUUUCCCUUGAUUCUAACACAAUGAAAGACCAUAGCAAUAUAGUGUAGAACUCUUACUCGGCUUGGUAAUAUGAAUGCAUCUUGAUUUUUAGAGACCUCUUUUUACAGUUCAAUGUAAUUGUGUGUUUGGAUUGCCUCAGAACUACUGCUGACCUGUUCAUGAUUUCUUUUUCUAAAUGACGACUACUGUAAAAAGAAGGAAACUGGGUUGUGGGUUUGAAUGAAUCUUGUUCUAUACCGCACACACCAGAAUGUUUCAGACUUCUCUCAACCCAGAUAAGCCUGCCUUGUAUUUCCAAGUGACCUAUAUUUAGGAGAAUAGGCAUAUGUGGGUUAAGGUACUGUCAAAUACCACCAGGGCAUUUCAGAACAAUACUAAACUAAAUCUGUGUAGUUAUGAAGAUUCUGCUAACGCUUGGGGGGGGGGGGGUUGUCAUUUGCCACCUUUAAUGUCGUCAUGAUCGUGUAAUAUGCACAAUCAAAUAUAGACAAAAGGUUUUAUAAAUGAGAAUGCCCUGCUGUAUUAAAAAAUAAUAAUAAAAUGAUUAGUAUGAAAACAA